AUGUCCCCAGCAGGUUCUUCAAGAUGGAGCCCUACCACAGAACAACUGAUGAUCUUGGAGGAACUGUACAGGAGUGGCAUUAGAACUCCUAGUGCCUCUCAAAUUCAGCAAAUAACCACACACCUCUCUCUCUAUGGAAGGAUAGAGGGAAAGAAUGUGUUCUACUGGUUUCAGAACCACAAGGCUAGGGAUAGACAGAAGCUCAGAAGGAAACUCAGCAAGCAACUGCAGCUACAGCAACAGCUCCAAGUCCAUCAUUGCCAAAUCAAUCCAGAUAUCACUAAUCACUAUGUUGGCACCUUUGGUUAUACUCCUCGUCCUUCAACCCAGGAUUUUCCCUUUUUUAACUCACCUACCUUGCUUUUUCAGGGAGGAGCUGCAAACACAUCUGAACAGGCAUUGAAUUGCACAUGGAAUGUGCACAACCCACAGAGUAAUGUUGUGGAGAAGGAAGAGGUGACAUGCUACAACUAUGAUCCAAGUACACUAGUGGAUGUUAACAACCAAGCAUCUUCAUGUUGCACUUCUCGACCUCUCAAGACCCUUGACCUCUUUCCACUCACAACCACCAGAAUCACUGAAGACUGCACCACACCACCCAAUCAGCCCUAA